AUGGAUUUGUCGCGACUCACGCGUCCAGCUAUUCUGGCUCAGUGCUCGCGCUGUUCCAGCUCGCUGGCCGCUCUUGAGAAUGAAUGGGCCCGUCUGUCCAACUCCUACGCCCUCGCCGCGGGAUGGCUGAGCGUCGAACUCCAUCGCAUCUCCGUCGCAUCGGACAAGAAGAUCAUCCCCCAGUCAUCGGAUCUAGUCAUCCUGCGCGGGCGUGUCCUUCAGGAUGUAUCCUAUCCCUCCAAAGAAGAACCUACCCCACGCCGGGAUCGAAGCUCCAUGCAAGCGGGCGCUUUGGUGCCGACGAGCGCCACGGAAGUCGAGCACUCCAACAUGUCCGUGGAGCAGCAAAUCCAACACCAGGGCCUGAACAUCGACUAUAUCUCCAACUCGGUCAGCAACCUCCAUGACACGAUGUCGGAGCUCAAAAGUGCAUUUACCGCUCUUCGCAUUGAACUCAACGGGCCGGGGAAAAUGCUUGAAGCAGGAAAUAACAUGGGAAAUAAUUUCAACAUGGUCACAACAGUCUUGAAGGAGUUAAAAACGAAAUCCGAUGAAAUAGAGCGGCUCAAGCUGGAAAACGAGGCGUUGAAGUUGAGGAACCGAUAUCUGGAUGAACAGGGCUUUGUCCGACAACCAUCCUACCUGACCCCGAUGGAGGAAAUGCUCCCCCCAGUCCGAAGUCCCGAGUUGCUACAAGCUGGUAGAAAACGGCCGUGGCCCGACUCGUGGCCGAAUGGUCGAACAGAAACAAUUGCAGACACAUUCGACGACGACGACGGUGAUGAUGAUAGCAUCGGCGACUUCUCCCUGGCCGAGACAACGACUAUACCGCCGAUGAAGAUCCCGCUGAAGGAGGCGGAGUCCAGCAUUGUCAACCACAUGGAUCCUACGAGGUCGGGGACUGCAGAUCUGCACGUUCAGACCCAGCAGUCAGAGCAGCUCACUCCAUCUCAAGAAGACGGGAUGAAGCCUCCCUCCGACACCCUUUCACAGCAAGCCCCUAUCUACAAACGACCACGUCUCUCCCGGACUUCGACCGGAAGGCGCUCGUCAGGCGGCAAUGCCACCGGGAAGAAAGUCGGACGUCCACGGAAGUCCGGAGGCCAGUUUGCUAAAAAGGAUUCGUCGCAAGCUGAGAAUAUUUCCCCUCUGAAUGAACAGACGGGAAACAUCGGGAAUAGUACGUAA